CGCCAAUAAAAUAGUGAUUAGCAAUGUGCCCAGUGGCGUAAGAUUCGACCAGUUGGAACAGAUACUGUUGCAAUUUGGUCAGGUGAAAGAAAUCGAAAAGCUUAGCCAACGCGAUGGACCAACGCAAGUCGUACAGAUUGCUUUUGAAUCCUCUGAACAAGCCCACAAUGCAUUAGCAAAUUUGCCAGGAUUAGAGCUUGAGGGUUGCCAGGUAAAAGUUGAGCCAGCCAUGGAAAGGAGGAACCGUAGUGCAAUAAGACCAAGGCACGCUACAUUUGGUGCUCCUGGCGCUACUCCCACUAUCGGAAAUAGGCAAACAGAGUUCCCAUUACGAAUACUAGUACACAGUGAUAUGGUUGGAGCAAUUAUUGGUAGAGGUGGCUCUACAAUCAGACAAAUAACUCAACAAACAAGAGCCAGGGUUGAUGUUCAUAGAAAAGACAAUGUUGGUUCUUUGGAGAAAGCAAUCACAAUAUAUGGUAAUCCAGAAAAUUGUACUAAUGCAUGUCGUAAAAUUUUGGAAGUUAUGCAGCAAGAAGCUACUAACACAAAUAAAGGUGAUGUAAUACUGAAGAUCUUAGCUCAUAAUAAUCUAAUUGGUAGAAUAAUUGGAAAAGAGGGUAAUACGAUCAAGAGAAUUAUGUCUGAGACUGAAACAAAAAUCACUGUAUCUAGUAUAAAUGAUAUCAACAGCUUCAACUAUGAAAGAAUAAUUACUGUAAAAGGCUCAAUAGAGAAUAUGUCUAAAGCAGAAGCUCAAAUUAGUGCAAAACUCCGACAAAGUUUUGAAAAUGAUCUACAAUCAAUGGCUCCUCAAACUGUCAUGUUCCCUGGACUUCAUCCGAUGGCAAUGAUGUCAGCAACAGGAAUAACUUAUCCAGGCCGCGGUGGUCCAACUAGUUAUCAGCCAUUUGCACCAGCACCAUACCCUCCCAUGUAUCCUUCAACCAUUCCACCAAUUAACCCAGCUUUGGCUGCUGAUAUCCAGGAAACUGCAUUUUUAUUUAUACCUAAUAGUGCUGUUGGUGCUAUUAUUGGUACUAAAGGUUCCAAUAUCCGUAGCAUGAUCAGGUUUAGUGGUGCAUCUGUUAAAGUUGCAUCCACUGAAAAUGAAAAAACUACAGCUGCAGGUGACACUUCUAACGGUGGUACUCAACAAGCUAGUCGAAAAGUAACAAUUGUUGGUACAGCUGAAGCUCAGUGGAAAGCUCAAGGUAUGAUAUUUGACAAGUUGCGGGAUGAAGGUUUUGUCCCAGCCACAGAAGAAGUAAGGUUGACUGUUGAAAUAUUGGUACCAAGUAGUCAAGUUGGUCGCAUAAUUGGCCGUGGUGGAUCAAAUGUCAGAGAACUGCAAAGAGUGACUGGAUCUAUCAUAAAACUACCUACUCAAGGAUCAACAGAUGGUUCUGAGGAUACUACAACAGUACACAUAAUUGGUCACUUUUUAGCUACUCAAUCAGCUCAAAGAAGAAUUCGUUCAAUGGUUGCAUCUGGAGCGAAUCCAGUGCCAAGACCACAACAACCGCGCACCAACAGACCCACAGAGACACCACAAUAGUGAGUCGAUGACAGUUACUGUUAGUCUCAGGCAAAUAUAUCUCCUCCACCGACAUUAUAUAUUUUUACAUCAAAUUAAAAAAAAAAUAAUGUUAUUUAUUUAAUA